ACAAUAUUCGUCUGAUAUUCGUCCACAACUUCACAAAGCUUUACAAUGCAGUCUAUGCUCGGUGCACUAGUAACCUCACCCACCAUCGACCUCUCUACCCCGACGAAACCUCGCUCAAAGCCUGCUUCACGAUUGCCUUCAACAUCCAGCGUCACGAACACCACCGAUCAACCUGCAACAGCCCUCACGCGAACCGCCGUAUCCCUCGAGUAUGCCUCCCUCCGAUACCCAAAGCACUGCCCAACUGGCAUGUAUGUGAUACCGUCCCCGGAAAAUAUUCUCGUCUGGGACGCUGUGUUUUUCGUCCAUCAAGGCUAUUAUGCUGAUUCCAUCCUCAAGUUCCGUCUAAUAUUUCCGCCAAAUUAUCCCGAACGACCUCCUGCCGUGCAGUUUGUGACAGAUGUCUUCCAUCCGUUGAUCUCUCAACAGGAUGGGUCAUUUAACUUGGCUCCCCGUUUCCGUCCUUGGAGACCCAAAGAACAUCAUGUGUUCGAUGUCUUACAUUGGAUCAAGGCUGCGUUCAAGAAACAUGCGUUGGACGACAUCAAGGAACAUGACUGUCUGAAUAAGGAGGCUUUCCGAUUAUAUCACGACACAACUUCGUCAUUCGCAGCUCUUGCAACACAAUCAUCUCUUCUGUCUCAAUCAUCAUCGGCACUAUUUGACAAAGACCAUCCCUCCAUGGCGGGCAAAGGCUCUCACAGUAUCCAAUUCCGCGAACUCAAACCAGAUAAACUCGCUGCCUUGCGUAAACAGAUUGGUCUUCAUGAAUGGGAAACUAACAACACCUCAUGAAAUCGCACAUCGCCCCAAUCGCUCGCCACUCUUACACUCCUUUCUCCGAAUCCGUAUAUCCAUUUGCUAGCAUUAUACCAAAGUAAACUAGAUGUGAGCUAUAUAUUCUACUUGAUAAUGUUAAAGAUAUGCUUGACGUCUAGAUAUGAACAUAGAUAAGCUGUACUGAAUAUUAGUUGUAGGAUGUCGUAUUGAAUUAUUGAAGUGGGUCUAUGUGUCGU